AUGCACUCCGCUUCCGUCAGCGUUAUCGGCGAUCAGCACAACUUUGUCAGUGUCCUGUCUAGGAAGAAAAGACAUAUACUACGAGCCCUCUCAAAUUCUAGUGUUUUAGAGAAGCGUCUUCUGUCCGCUACACUAGCUCUGCUAGCUGUAGCUCUCACACUGCUGAUUGCUCUUAUCGUCUUUGCCUCGUAUAAAAAAUACCGGGAUAGAGGAAGAGUUUGUGAGACAAAAGAGUGCAUAAGAAGUGCCGCCAUGCUUCUGCAGUCGAUGGACCCGAUGACUGAUCCUUGUGAGGACUUCUACCAGUUCGCCUGUGGUCGCUGGGCGGAACAGAGAAUCCUGGCAGAGGGGUCUUCCACCUCUUGGUUUUCCGAGAGGACUAAACACAUCCAACGGAAGAUACUAGAGGUGUUACAAACUAACAGCACCAGUGUUGAUCCCUUGCCUGUCAGACAAGCUCGCAACUUUUAUCGAUCCUGUACAGAUACUGACACAUUAGACCAGCUAGGUCUGCAACCUAUGAUGGAGGUUCUGGACAAACUGAUGUUACCGAGGACUCUGCCCAACACUACGACAGCAUCCAGCUGGUCUUUGGGUCCCACUCUAGCAGCCAUCCAGAGACUGCUCAAUGCUGACAUUAUGGUACAACUCAGCACCUUCCUAGACCCAGCUACCAACCGAUCUAUACUACUGCUGUCGCCCAGCUACAGCCUGUCCUCCCUGCCAGAGGUUAUGACACCUGAGGUGCCACACUCACACCUGACUGGCAAUCAGCUGUUCAAGACCCGCCUCUCCUACAUCGCUGAGGUUCUGGCCGAGAUUCACCCGGAGAUAAAUUCCACACAUCUCGUCACCAUUGCUCUUCGUAUCCUCUUCACUGACGCCCACAUUAAAACGGAUAUCAAGAAGGCAGAGACUGAAGAACCUCCAAUGAUCACCACCUACCAGAAUCUUCAGGAACUGAUGGACAAUGCUAGAAACUCUACAAUUAGUUCUCUUAAGUUGGAUUGGGCAGAGUACCUCAAGGUGCUGACAAAGGGCAUGAAUGUAACCACAGACAUCAAAUCUGCUGUGGCAGUUCAAAGUCCAUCGUACUUUGAAGCCCUGUCUAGCAGAUUGUCUAGCUCUAGGCCAGAGACUAUACAGAGAUUUGUUUGGUGGAAAGUUGUUGAAUCUUUGUCACCUCACACAACUACCGCCAUGAGAAGGAUCAGGGACAACUUCAUGGAAGUCUUGUUUGGUCCUUCUAUCAGAUAUACAAGAGUUAAGAGAUGUGGAAAAAUCACAAAGUCUUUCUUCAACUAUGCGAUUAGUCAUGUUAUUGCCUCUCAAAACCGUUUGGAAGAAUCUACAAAGAAGGUCCAAGAUAUGUUGAGGGACAUAACUACAGCGUUCAGUGGUAUGGUGAGAGCUCUAGACUGGAUGGAUCACCGAACUAAAGCCGCAACUCUGGGCAAAGCCGCGGCCAUCAGAAAGUACGUUGGCUACCCUGAUUGGUUAAUGAACGUGACGGAACUGGAAAACCUUUACUCAAACUUGAACAUCACCAAGAGCAAGUUUCUCUGGAACAUGUUGUCCAUCAAGGCUAGUGAGGUGACGGAAGUUCUCAAUACGCUGGGAACAACUCCUCCCAACUCCACUGAGUUUAGAUGGGACAGUGAUCCUUUAGAAGUGAAUGCUUAUUACAGCAGAACAAUUAAUGCAAUAGCGAUUCCUGCCGGUAUUUUACAAAUUCCAUUUUACUUCUUGGGCAUAGAGUCCCUGAACUAUGGAGCGAUUGGAAGCAUUCUUGGACAUGAGCUAACCCAUGGUUUUGAUAUUGAAGGGAAAGACUAUGACGAGACUGGGCAGAAAGCGUCCUGGUGGGACAGUAAAGUCUCGGACAUCUACAGUCAGAAGGCGGAGUGUUUUGUGGACCAGUACAGCAAGUUUUCCUUCCACAACUCUGAUCAGCUCAAGGUGAAUGGAACACUUACCCUGGCUGAAAACAUCGCUGACAACGGGGGAAUCCGCGAGGCUAUCCAAGGAUACAGACUGUACACGGCUCGUAAUGGACAAGAGCCUUACUUACCUGGACUUCAGCACUACUCUCAUGAGCAGCUGCUCUUCCUGGCUUUUGCUAAUGUGUGGUGUGAGGAGACGACGCCGCAGUUUGAGGCGAUGAGUCUUACGGAUUCUCAUAGCCCCAACAAGUUCCGAGUGCUCGGCAGUCUCUCUAACUCCCCCGAGUUCUCCAGUGUUUGGGGCUGUAAGACUGGCGCUCGCAUGAACCCGAGCCAUAAAUGUAUACUGUGGUGA